GCGGCCUCGCGUGUGCGUGGGGAAGGAGGGGGAGCCAGGCAAGUGGUCACGUGACGGUGAUUUUCUAUUUUGUACAUACAUUGUUUUGUAUAUACUGUAUAUGAUGACUUCAGUGGGCAGUGAACGUACCCGGGGCACUAGGGACAAAAUGCAAAUUUCAACCUCUCAACCAACACAACCACAGAAACAAGUAGUACAGGCAACAGCAGAACAGAUUCGUCUUGCUCAGAUGAUCUACGAUAAGAAUGACACAGAUUUUGAAGAUAAAGUGAAACAACUUAUGGAAGUGACGGGGGAAACCCAGGAUGAGUGCAUAGUGGCACUACAUGAUUGUAAUGGGGACAUGAACAGAGCAAUUAACAUAUUGCUGGAAGGAAGUUCAGACACGACUUCUUGGGAGACUGUAGGGGGAAAGAAGAAAAACCUUGGAAAAGAAGGUUUGGAAAACAAAGAGAACAGAGAGAAACGAGGGAACAGAGAAAUGAGCCGUGGAUGGGGAAGUUCCAACAGACGGGGAAGAGGAGGCAGCCGUGGCCGAGAGUUCAGAGCUGAAGAGAAUGGAGUGGACAACAAUCAAGGAGACAGGCCUUCAGACCGUGGGAAACGUAGCCAUGGGAGAGGAUUUGGACGUGGCAGAGGGAGAGGAGCAGGGAGGUUUUCAGCCCAAGGCAUGGGGACAUUUAACCCUGCAGACUAUAUGGAGUCUUCUGCCACUGAUGGCUUUGGGACAAAAUCAGAGAUUUGGGAGACUGGUCAGAAUGAUGCAGAUGAUGGAACUGGAGCAUGGAAAAACUCAGUAGAAGAAUGGACUGCAGAAGAUUGGAAUGAAGAUCUUUCUGAAACGAAAGUCUUUACUGCUUCCUCUGUUCCAGCUGAGAAUCAUGUGACUCCUAGACAAAGCAUUGAUUUGGUAACACUACUUCAAAAGCCUGAAAAGCCUGUGACCCUUACUCAAGAGACAGAAGGCAAAUUAUUUGAGGCUCCACAGCAACAGACCUUUGGCCAAGCCCUAGUCUUCACAAAUUCUCAGCACAGCACCCAGAUGGCAUCAGGAACUGACAGCUCCAGUGCUGUAAACUCUUAUUCUCCUCAAAGUCUGUCUGCAGUUCUUUGUUCUGACUUUGGAGAACGUGGGUCUCCUAAACUGACAAACUCUACUGGAUCCCAAAUCUUGGACCAAUUGAAAUCUCCAGGUUUGGGUCAGUUUACCUCUCAACAAAACAGUAAUAGUUCUACUACAACUACCACAUCAUCCUGGGAUCGAAAACCACCCAUUACCCAGGCCUCAGUCCUUAGUCAGUUUGACUUGAAAUCGCAGCCUCAACCAUCCCCAGUUCUAAUCCAUCUCACCCAGCGACAGCAACAACAAAUGCAGACAGCCCCUGUUCCUCCUCCUGGGCUGGACUCCUUCUCCUCCCAGGUAAAACUCCAUGAGUCAUCACCAGUAGACACCUCUACUGCAGUUAGCAAAAUGUUACAGCUCCCCACUAUAUCUAUGGAUAACCAGGAAGUGACUACCCACCAAACCCAGCAGAAGCAGAUAAAACCACCAAAACGGAGGAUAACUCCAGCAUCCAAGAUUCCUGCCUCUGCAGUGGAGAUGCCUGGAUCAGCAGAUGUGACAGGAUUAAAUGUUCAAUUUGGAGCUUUGGAGUUUGGAUCAGAGCCUACACUCACAGAAUUUGGAUCAACUUCAAGCAGUGAGAACACCAGCCAGGCAACCAACAAUAGCUUGUACUCAAAAUCUGUCAAGUAUGUUGAUCCUUUGAAUACCUCUCUGCCAAUAUCCAGUACAGUGCAGGAGUCCACCUACACAGCCUCUGCCGUCAGCUCUUCCAGUCUGAUCUGCUCAUCUCGGAGCACUAGCCCAGUAACACCUUCCUCCCAUGAGCAGACUUCUGUACUUAGUAGGAUAGUGUACCAAAGCUCCAUGGCUCCAUCUGAACCAACCCCUGUUGCAGCUACAAACGGGCACAGCAGUGUUAGAACACAGGCAACUCUUGACACUACUUCAUCAGUUCCUGCACUUAAGACAGAGCCUUCUCCCUCACUACCUUCUGCUGGUUCUCUGCCCAACAUGGUGUCCACUACUGCUUCACUUCUGCCUUCAGCAUCGCAGCACACAGGAGCUUUACCCAGCUUGCCUCAGUCCAGUGAUCUGGCCAGCAGCUCACUCUCACAGUUAAGCAGCUCCCUUUCCAAUCAUCAGAGCAGCCUUUCCCCUGCCUCAGUGUUGUCUUCAAGCACAUCACAUGUGCACACUAGUGUUGAGAACACAACUUCGCUUCAGCCUUCAACAACUUUUUCAACUACUUCAGCCUCAGCCACUAGCACCACCUCUUCAGUUGUCAGCAUGGCAAGCAGUAUGAACACUACAGCUAGCCUUGGCCUGAAUGUUACCAGUGUGUCUGCUACCACCCGGGCAGCUCCCUUAAUGUCUUCAGGCAAAGCUCCCCCAAAUCUGCCUCAAGGUGUACCACCCUUGUUGCAUAGCCAGUAUAUUGUGGGACCUGGAGGACUUCUGCCUGCCUACCCACAGAUUUAUGGUUAUGAUGAUCUCCAGAUGCUUCAAUCCAGGCUGCCAAUGGAUUACUACGGAAUUACAUUCCCUGCUCCUGCAACCUUGACAGGCAGAGAUGGAAGCCUUGCUAACAACCCCUACUCAGGUGACGUAACAAAAUUUGGCCGUGGGGAUUCUGCCUCCCCUGCUCCUGCUACCACGCUCGCCCAGUCGCAGCAGAACCAGACUCAGACUCACCAUACAACUCAGCAGCCAUUCCUCAAUCCGACCCUGCCCCCAGGGUACAGCUAUGCUGGGUUACCUUAUUAUGCUGGUGUGCCCGGUGUUCCCAGUGCAUUCCAAUAUGGGCCAACCAUGUUCGUACCUCCAGCAUCUGCUAAACAGCAUGGAGUCAACCUGAGCACCACAUCGACUCCUUUUCAGCAAGGGAGUGCCUACGGGCAGCAUGGCUAUGGAGCAGGCUAUGAUGACUUAACACAGGGAACAGCAGCUGGAGAUUACAGCAAAGGAGGCUACAGUGCAUCAUCUCAAGCACAAAACAAAUCUGCUGGCACUGGAACUGGGAAAGGUGUUUCUGUGACCUCAAGUAACACAGGUGUGCCUGAUAUCAGUGGCUCAGUCUAUAACAAGACACAGACAUUUGACAAACAGGGAUUCCAUGCUGGCACACCACCUUCUUUUAGCCUACCCUCUGCUCUUGGAUCAACCGGGCUGAACCCUGGUGCUGCCCCAGGUUAUGCUCCAGCCCCAUUUCUCCACAUCCUCCCUGCGCAUCAGCAGCCUCAUUCCCAGAUGCUGCAUCACCACCUUCAGCAAGAUGGGCAGGGUGGAUCUGGCCAACGCAAUCAACCCAGCACCAUGCAGCAAAAGUCUCAGGCUACCAAAACCUAUGGCACUUCUCCAUACUGGACAAACUAAAUCAAAAACUGGGGAGGGGGAAGAGAAUGAAAGGAGAGGAGGCAAGCAAAAAAAAAAAAAAAAAAAAAAAAGAGAAAAA